UCGAUUUCCAUGUCGAUUCUCUGACGUCAUACGUGAUCCAUCGAAAAUGGAAUUGGUGUUGAAUGUCCUGCUCAUCGCUGGCCUGCAGUUCGCAAAUGGGCGUGAGUAUCAUUUCCCAAUCAGCAAUUGGAGUCGGGGGAGCCUGGAGGAAAAUGCUUUGCAGACUAGUAGCGGCAACUAUCCUGGAAAUUCAAUGCGACAAUUCAACUACCAGAGCGAUUCGAUUCAGUGGAUCGACCUCAUCGCCGGCAGCCGUAUGGACCACGGCGGUGUCCGUGGUCGAACAAAGCGCUCCGCAUUUUGCAAAGCGACAAGCAUUCUUGGCGACGCUGGGACUGUGUCUGGCCUUGGUGCCACAAUAGGGGGAUUUGUUGGUCCCAUUGGAUCUGCUGUUGGAGGCGCGGUAGGACUAAUCGGCGGGGCCAUAUUUGGAAUAGUAAAAUCCAGCCAGAACGAGGAUGGCUGCGAUGAGUCAAAAGUUAUUCCAGACGCAUUGAAUGACGUCCAGACCAAGUUGGGAGACAUUAGCGAUAAAAUUGAUGACGUGGGAAGUAACGUCCAAAUCGGCCGAGAGGAGAAUAAAAUCAACCAUCGGAUCACUCAAGAUCUCGUGCAAGUCUCAAGGCAAGAAAAUGAUAUUAACUUCCAAAUCAACAGGGGCUUGAUCAACCUGGGCAGAGUUGAGAAUAACAUCAACUUCGGCAUCAACCGCGCUUUGAUACAACAAGGAAGGCAAGAAAACUUAUUGAACUUUGCCAGAACUCAGGGUCUUGUCAAUCAAGGAAGGGUGGAGAACGAGAUAAACUUUCAAAAGACCCAGGGAUUGGUAAAUCAGGGGAGAGUGGAAAAUUUCAUCAACUUCAAUGAGACUCAGGGCUUGAUUAACGAGGGAAGACAUGAAAACCUGAUGAAUUUUGCCUUGACCCAAGGACUCAUCGAUCAAGGGAGAGAAGAAAACCAAGCUAACUUUGCCAUUACAAGAAGUCUCAUAAAUCGGGGAAGGGAAGAGAACCAAAUCAAUUUCAAGGUAACCAAAGGACUAAUCCAUAAAGGAAGGAGAGAGAACCUGAUCAACUUUGGCAUCACACAAGACCUCAUCACCCAGGGUCGAUGGGAAAACUUGAUGAAUUUCAAAGUCAUUGAGGGAUCUGUUGCCGAACUAAGGGAUGAUACCCAAAAAGGUUUCUCCUUCCUGUCAAAACAGGCUAAUAGAAAUCUUGAAGCCAUCACAAUAGCUCGACUAGAUGUGAUGCAGAGGUUUAAUAGCGCUUAUAAACUUCUGGACAGAAACUUUAAUGCAACAAAUGCUGGUCGUGUAGAAAAUUUGAGAAACUUCGAAAUCACGAAAAACUUGAUCAACCAAAUCGGAGACACUGUGAUUCGCAAUCAAGCUCAAGCAAUGGCUGAGCGUAUGCUUUUCUAUACAUCAACUGUCAAUCUCAUCAGAGAAUCCACCAAUGAAACAAUCAGUGCAAUCGAUGACGCCAAGCAAACCAUUUUGAGAGCCAUUGACAAAAGCAGGGUGGAGCCUAUACUAUCGAAGCUAACCACAUUUUUAGAAUAUUUCAAUGGUGAAUUGGAGGGAAUCAAAUCAUCCAACACGAAGCAAAUUUUGGCAAAGCUUCAAGAACCAAAUGGAUUCCUGUUUUACCUUGCAGAGUCCAGGACACCACGGGGCGUCAACAGUCUUCACUCCCUCCUCUCAGACAUCAUUAAUCAAGGUCUGGCUAUUCCUAAGAACUCUGAGGACGAAAUGGCUUUGAUUGCUCUGGAUGCUCUCUUCACUGGCACUCAAACCUAUGUCUCAGUCCUUGCAUUUCUCAUGGAAGCCUACUCGUUCCUUGCUGAUCAUUAUUACAAAGAGAUGAAUGUUGAACAAUUUCAUUAUCAUAUAACAUUGAUCAAUGUCAGAUACAAUGAUUUCAAGAGGUCACUGAAUAAUGGCAUAAUUGAUCAAGUCGCUGACAUUCUUCUCCAAGUGCAAAGAACCGGAUUUGUGGAAAGGGAGAUGUUGUUUUCAACACGACGCAAUAAUCUUGAAGCAUUGAGGAAGAGCAUUGUUAACUUUGACACGACUUUGAAAACUCUUCAAACCGAACCAGCAACGAUACAGAGAAAGCCCGAGUUUCCAUCUUCAAAAGACAAUGCGGUCUCCCAUGGACCUUGGAAACAAGGAAGAACAGUGAGCUAUGCAAUCCAAUAUAAAUUCAACAACAUUUUAUCCAAAAUUGGUGAAUUCACGAAAGGAUUUCCUCUAGCGGAAGGUAUGGCCAACCCUAAAAUACAUGUCCCGUCAGCUCCAUCUGGAGUAACAAGUCGUUUGAUUUUCCGAAAGUUUGACAAGGAAAAGCCAGAAUAUGUGGGAACCAUUGCUGGCAACAAGCCGACUUACUUCCAAGACAUCGACAAGGACCUAUUCAAUGCGGCUGGGAGUCUCAAUGAGGAUCUGAGUUUGCUUGAAGUAAAGAGUUUUUUAGAUUCAAGAGCAAGUAUUUCGGCCAAAUUCGAUGAUGGUAUGACUGCUCUGCACAAAGCAUCUGCAACUGGAAAUAGCCGAAUCGUGGAAAAAUUUAUUGAAGCUGGAGCCGACUUAAAUGCUUCAGAUCUUCUUGGUCACAAACCAAUUCAUCAUGCUGCAGAAACUGGGUAUAUCGAAACUAUGAGAAAACUUUUUUCAUUGGGUGCUGAUGUGAACUCCAAGACCAGAGAAGAUCUCACACCAUUGCACAUGGCAGCGCUUUAUGGGAAUGGAGAAGUUUUAGAAUACCUUUUGACUUUAAAGGAUAUUGAAGCAAAUGCUGUCACAAAGGACAAUUUUAUUGCCUUUCACUUGAGUGUUUUGGCUGGGCAUUUUUCUGCGACCCGCAUCUUGGCUGAUUAUGAUGGUGUGAAUGUCAAUGCACCAGAUGACAAUUUUUUCACACCACUCCAUCAUGCUGUGGCUACGGAAAACAAAGAAAUAUUGAAAUUAUUACUCCAAAGUCCAAGAAUAAACGUCAAUGCAAAAGCUUCAGAUGAUUUAACCGCGCUCCAUUUGGCUGUCGCAUCAGGCAAUAAAGAGAUCGUGGACAUGCUUUUGACUCAAAGUAACGUCAACAUUUUGUCCCAGAGUGCUGGUGGAUAUACAGCAUUGCACAUGGCUGCAGCAAAUGGACAUUCUCAAGUUUUACAGUCACUCCUGAACAGAUUGUCAACGGACUCAGAAAGUAUCAAUUCCUUAUCUGCUGAAAAAUGGACUCCACUUCACUUGGCGAUAUCCUUCAAGCAUGUUCAAACCGUUACUCGGCUUCUCCUACACUCUAACAUAGACAUCGAUGUCAAGGCAGAGGGCGGCUUGACACCUUUGCAUUUAGCUGCUGGUACAGACCAGGCAAAAGUUGUCUCAAAACUGAUGUUGUUGGAAGCCAAUUUGGAAGAGCAAUCGGAUCUUGGUUUGAGAGCAUUACAUUAUGCUGUCUGGUAUGGUAGGAAGAAUGCUGCAUCCAUUUUACUCAAAGAGGCUGAUGUCAAUGCCAAGGCACCAUUUGGUCUCACUCCACUCCACUUAGCUGUCAUUGGGAAUCAUGUCAACGUUGUUGAACAACUGACAGCAAGUGCAAAUAUACAAAUUCACAGUGCUACCGAAAGUGGGUCCACUGCUCUGCAUUUUGCUGCUGUUAGUGGGAACAAUGCCAUCGUUAUGCACCUUUUGCAACAUGGAGCUAAAGUGAAUGCGAAGGACAAGUUUGGAAUGACCGCAUUUGAUAUGGCCAUUGAGAACAAACAAAAUUCGACAUCCAAUCUGCUGAAGUUACAUGGAGGAAAAUCCUCAAUCCACAUGGGCACUACGGCUCUUCAUGAAGCUGCUUACUAUGGAAGAGAUGAAGUAAUUGCUGAGCUGCUGAAUGCAGGGGCAAAAAUCAACCAGCAGAAGGAGACAGUAAAUGGCUGGGCUGCAAUUCACAUAGCAUCACUCAGAGGGCAUCGGAGUACAGUGACCCUUUUGCUGGAAAGAGGAGCUGACAUUAAUCUCGCAACCUUGGACAAGCAAACAGCCAUCGAUGUUGCUGAAAAUAAUGGACAAGAGGAAAUAACUAGUUUUCUGAAGCAACGUGGUGGUCAGGCCUUUGAUUGCAUCGGAUUGAAAAAUAUCAACAAGAAGGAUUCAAAAGGGUGGACUCCCCUUCAAUAUGCAGUCCACGAGGGGAAUCGCGAAAAAAUCAAGACGCUUCUGAAGUGUGGCGCUACACAAGACAUCUUGGAGCUCCUGCCUGCAGGACUUGAUCCCAAAGUGGAAAAGAAAGAUGUGGCUAUUGCACUCAACGUGGCUGCCGCUAACGGUAAUAUGCCAGAUGUUAAGGCACUCCUCGAGAAAGGGGCUGAUGUAAACUUCAAAUCUGCUGACGGUAAGACCCCUUUGGACCUUGCUCUGGAUAAUGGGCACUAUGAUGUUGCAGAUGUCCUGAUAGAAUAUGGUGGAAUUCAGAGCUGA